AGAUUCCGUUUCCGGUUGGCAGCCAUUAUCGAGUUGUUCGUUCGCCGGGUCUGAGAAAGGUCGCUAGUGAAUGAAUAAAAAAUAAUAAUUUCAAAUUCUCUCUAAACGAGAGAUACCCACUCAAGCGAUCACCACCUCAUAAGAUCAGAGUUAGAAUCCAAAAGCGGCAACAUGCAGUACAACGGAUUCCACAACCAGCAUCCGAUUUUCAGGCCUCGACCAGACCGGAAUGAACAAUUCGGUAAAGUACCGUUUUUUAAUGGAAUGGAUUUUGGAGGGCCUAAAAAUUUUGGACCUAGGAACAUGGGAAACAAACCCAAUUUUCGACCCAGAAAUGACUUUAAUGGAAUGAGAAAUGAAUACCACAAAAAUGAAAAUGUUGGCAACCCAGGUGAUUUUGGUGGCCCAAAAGACUUUAAUAAGAUGAAGAACAAUUAUAACAACCAACCUUUAAAGAAAAAUGAUUAUGACGCCGAUAAAGCUGCAGGUGGAAAUAUGCAGUUUUAUGCCAAUGGAAAAAAUGAUUUUGGAGGACCAAAACAAGGUUUUCCCAAAAACAACUUUGGCCCUAAAAAUUUCAACAAUCAAAAUGGUCAGCAAAGUUUUGGACCUAAAAAGGUUUUCAAUCCCAACAAUAUGAACCAACAAAUAGAUUUCAAUGGCAAGCAACGGGGUAAGAAGACUAAGCACCCUGGAGACAGCUUGGUGAAACCUAUGUGGGAUUUAUCCCAGCUUGAGCCAAUUCAGAAGGAUUUCUAUAAGCCUCAUGCCAAUGUAGAAGGUCGUUCAGAUGACGAUGUCCAAAAGUUCCGCGUUUCUAAGGAAAUCACCGUCAGUGGUAACAACAUUCCACGCCCUAAUCAAAUUUUUGAUGAAGGUAACUUCCCUGAUCAUAUAUUGAACACAAUCAAGGAACAAGGCUGGGCUGAACCCACUGGUAUACAAGCUCAGGGUUGGCCAAUUGCUUUGUCUGGCCGUGAUAUGGUUGGCAUUGCUUCAACUGGAUCUGGCAAAACACUUGCGUACAUGCUACCUGCUGCUGUUCAUAUUGUGCAUCAACAACGUAUUCAGCGGGGUGAUGGCCCUAUUGCACUUAUUCUUGCCCCUACCAGGGAAUUAGCUCAGCAAAUUCAAUCUGUUGCUCAAAGUUACAGUGCACAGGGUUGCAUUAGAAACACAUGCCUAUUUGGAGGAUCGCCCAAGGGGCCCCAAGCUAGAGAUUUGGAACGAGGAGUUGAAAUUGUAAUUGCCACACCUGGCCGAUUGAUUGAUUUCUUGGAACGUGGUACAACAAAUUUGCGUCGAUGCACUUAUUUAGUUCUGGAUGAAGCCGACAGAAUGCUGGAUAUGGGUUUUGAACCACAAAUUCGUAAAAUUAUUGAACAGAUUCGUCCAGAUCGCCAAGUCUUAAUGUGGUCAGCUACAUGGCCCAAAGAAAUACAAGCUCUUGCUGAAGAUUUCCUUAAUGAUUAUGUCAAAGUAAACAUUGGUUCAUUAAAUCUGUCUGCUAACAAUAAUAUCAAGCAAAUAAUUGAAGUUUGUGAAGAACAUGAAAAAGAAAUGAAGUUGACCAACUUGUUAAAAGAGAUUUCUCAAGAAAGAGAAAACAAAGUCAUUGUUUUCGUUGAAACUAAGAAGAAGGUGGACGAUAUUGCUCGUGCGGUACGUCGCAAGGGACAUAAUGCCCUGGCAAUACACGGGGAUAAAUCUCAAAUAGAGCGUGAUGCAGUAUUGACAGAGUUCAGAAAUGGUGCAACUAGUAUACUCAUUGCCACAGAUGUUGCAGCACGUGGUCUUGAUGUUGAGGAUGUUAAGUUUGUCAUCAACUUCGACUACCCUAAUUCCUCAGAAGAUUAUAUUCACAGAAUUGGUCGCACUGGACGUUGCCAACAAUCUGGAACAGCAUACACUUACUUCACUCCUGGUGAUGCCCGUCAAGCUCGCGGUUUACUUGCAGUAUUGCGUGAAACUGGCCAGAACCCACCACCUAAAUUGAGUGAAAUGGCUCGUAGUAACAACAAUAACUCUGGUCGCAAUCGCUGGCAACAACGUAAAGAGAACAACAGUGGUGCGAGUUCACCUCGCCAACAGCAGAAUAACCAGUGGAGCAACAAGAUGGCUAAUACAAACCCUGAAGAAAACCAGAAUACUUACCAAAACCGUGGUGGCAACCCACAAGCCCCUCGAUUCUCGAAUCAAAACCAAGGCAAUCAAGCCUACAGACAGAACAACUACCAACAAAAACAAGUUCCCUUCCCAAGCCCUAAUGUAUUUGAAUCUAUGGGCAACUACCAAGGUGGUUACAAUAAUGGCUACCAGAAUGGAUACAAUGGACAAAACGGAUAUGGUCAACAACGCCCAUAUAAUAAUAUGCGCAAUGGCGGACAACAGUACCGCAAUAACAACGCUGGUAACAAGACUAAUGGUACAGGCUCGUCGUAUGGAUCGCCACCCCCUCACUUUGCUACGCCACAGCACUACCCCCAGAUGCAUCCUCACCAUCAGGAGAUGCUAGAUUUUUAUACAUCAGGUGGCAAAUUUUACGGUGGAGGCGUUGGCGGUGGCGGACCAUGCGGUUACCAAGCUGCAGUGGGUGUAAGCGGACCUUACGCACAUCUGCCUCCGGGCCCAUUGCUCUACGCAGCUCCAGUGCAGCAGUAAUUGAUUUUUGACGACACACCGCCUCUUAAAAGCUCUACCUAAAAACAACCGGAUAUAAGUCGUACGCCAGUUUAAGGCGAUAAAAGCAUUAUCGACAUAAUAGUUACAUUGAUGUUCAUUAUAGAUUUUCCAUAAAGCUCUCUUGUUGUCCUAGUUCUGAUACUUGAGCUAUGUAUGUGUCAAUAAUCUUAAUAUCUUAGCGGGGUGUUGAUUCUUUGAUGUCAAUAAUAUUUUAAUUUCAUCUUUUUUAGAUCUGAAUGAAGGCUUACAAAAUUAUUUUAACUUCUAUGUGUGGACAAUAUUAUACAUCCUUACCAUAUACAAGUUAAUAAUUGCAUUGUCGACUAGAUUAUCUUAGAGCAUAUUAUAAAAUUUGUCUUUACAGCAACAAAAACUAUUUGUGAAUUCUCUUUCAGAUCCAUUUGAAUUAAAGUUAAUAAAUGUGUGUUAGGUUUAUAAGAUUAUUCUCUGUUGGUUGGAUGAGCGACCUGAUAAAUUUCCAACUGAAAGCUCACGAAAAAUGAUGAAAAAGAAGUAAAUAGUUUGAGAUGAAUUAAAAUUGUGACUUAAAGCCACUUGUUAGAUUUUUGUGAACUACAUUGCGAAUUAUAACAGUACAGCAAUCACUGAUACACCACCAACAGAGAACUUAUUUUUUCCAAAAUAUGAUUGUGUAGUGGAACUUAUGAAAAAAAAAGGUGUUCCACAUUAGAUUUUAAUCAUUAUAAUAUUUGUUAGAGUAGUUGGUGUGGGUACCCACUCGUGUAAUCCCGGGUGCCUUUCGUUUUCUUUAAAGUGUCUGUAUGAUGUACGAAAUGCACGAAACAUAUAGAAGAUGUUUGAAAAUUUAGGGGAAGGUUUUUAAAAUGCCAGAAAAUUAUCUGAAAUAUUUUGUAUAAAUUAUUUUUACUAUAAACGAUUGAAUCCAGUUGAUAUUGGGACAAUUUAGUAUUAGAAAAUUAAAUACUUAAAAACGCGUUAUUAAAUGCUUUUGAUAUACUUCAUAGUAACAAUCUGUAUUGCCAGAUAAAAUUGUGAAUAUUUUUCUUAUGUAAAGUGAUGUCAAUGACAUUUCAGUCACUGAUUUCAAUGUUAUUUUUUUAUUAAAGAUUAGAUCUUUAUAAUCUUGAAUAUUAUGCCUAGGGAUACUAAUUAGUCAGCGUCAAUUUGAUCUAAGACAAAGUUGGGCUUUGAAUAAAAAACUCAUUUUACCAUUCACAAAAAUGUAGAAGUGUGUAAAUAACAUGCAUUUAACUUAGAAAGAUAGUAUUUUGUGCGUGAUAAAUAAUCAACCACAAUGUUUACUUUCAUAGCCAAAUAAGUGAUUUGUUCUUAUUUUUGAUUAUUUUUAUCUCAUCGUUUCAGAUAAGUCGUCUAGUUACUUACUGGAUUUCUUUGUACGUACACGGGUUCUAAAGGCUAUUAAUAAGAAAGUCAAUAGGUACAAAUUAUACUGAACGAUUAUCAUAUGUAUUGUUUAGACGCCCGUUACUGUCCAAAGAUUUGGAAAAAUCUGUGAUAUUUCAUUACUAUAUAACCUGUCGUUGCGUUGGUCAAUUGUAAUGCAUAAGAACACUUCCAAAAGUCUGGAAUGUGUUUCCUAGACAAAAAUAUAUAUUUUUUGACUAUUUGAACGAAUUUCAUGAGAAUGUUUGUGACAACAAAGCUUGCAAGACGUUCACAAAUAUGUAAUAAUUAUAAUAGGUGUAAGAUUUAAUAAUUUAUUGUUAUUCAAUUUAGUUUUCCGUUUACCUUUAGGUGACGAAAAUGAACCAGUUCAAUGGGACGUAAAAGUUAUUAUCUUUAGUAAGAACCCCCGUUUUUAACGAUACAUCUCAGAGAUACGAUGUAAUAGCAACGGGUCUAAUAAACGGAUAUAAGGGGUGAACAACGUGUUUGUAAGUUUCGCAUUCGUGACGAGUUAAAUGCGGGCUUGCUUUGUUAUUUGUGUACAUUUUAAGAGAAGACUGCCGUGAAAGGAUGUAUGUGCGUAAUUUCGUCUCAAAGAUGAUAAUUAUCUUAAUGCUAGCUGGCCUGGGAAGUCGUCGUUAGUUUAUUAUUAUUAUUUUUUACUAUUUAUUAAUCAGAUUGUGUCUGAAGUAGGUCAUUGGUGGCGGUAGGACGGCCAUGCUAGUUAUGCGUGCGUAAAUUAGACUGGCCAUCGUGUGUCGUGUCCGGAAUGGUCGCGUAUCGCAGGUAGCUCCUGUAUUAUGUACAAAGUACUACACCCACCUCUACUAAACAACUGUGAUAAUAACACUAAGUAGCGUAGCAGGCGAUUUAUAUACUAGUUACGUCCAGAGAAGGGAUGACAUCAUAUCUGACAUAUUGUAUUGUGAUAAUAUUUAUAUCAAGGCGUGUGCUCACCGCGUUUUGACAAAAUGUUUUCUCUAAACAAGACUGAUUAUUUCUUAUUAAUAAAUAUUUUAUACAUGUUCCACUUUGACUGAAUGAAUUAAGAUGUCUGUAUUUAUAUUGGUAGUAUUUUCUUCUCUUGCUGUGUGUUUUCUCAAAAAUUGAGUAUUUCACUAUGUUGGAUAUGUGUCACAAUGCCUUUCUAUGCGGUCACCGAAUUGAUAUAAAUUUGAAUUGAAGUAAAUUUAAUGUUCAUUUCGUUUUUGUUCAUUGAUUUCUAGUUUUCUUUAUUGUGAUGGAAAAUGUUGUUGACAAAUUAUGUGGCAGCGGCAGUAUAAGCACUAACUGUAGAGUAUAUUAUUUGUUGUUAAUUUGCAAAAUUUUAUUGAUCCAACAGAGAUAUCUCGUAGGCAAUCGUACUUUUAUGCUUUACUAUUUAAGGAUUUAGUUUCGAAAAUUGAGCGUUGGUGAAAAAUAUACAUAGAUUUUUAAGUAUGUGGCAAUGCAGAUCUUCAUAAAUAUUGAUUAUAUUAUCACGAGCGACAUAUUUAUCCAAUUUAUAAAAUAUUAUGGAGAGGUACUCCUUAUAUAAAACUGUCCCAAAGGGAAGUCUUCUGAAUGUUUCUAAGAAGUGCAUUUCUUCUAUGUAAUACAGUAUUAAAUUCAGAAUAAUAAAUGUAUGAUUAUUAAGUGUA